AUGGUGCACUGCAAUGUCCUGCGCAGACACUCUAAAAUCACCCUAAAAAUGGCCUGGUUCGGCACAAUGAACACCAACCACAUCAGCACAGCGCUUGGCAGAGUCCCCUCUUUGUGGAGGGAGGGAAAUCUCUGUACUUUUGCUGCCACCUCUAUUCAGCAGACAGCAGUUUAUCAGCUGUGUAUGCCUGGAGAUAUGAAUCACAACAGUACCAACAACAUCAGCCCCGAAGUAGAACUGUUCCAGCUGAUCAUGUACACUCCCACGUUUACCCUGGGAUUGCUGUUCAAUGUGAUGGCAUUGUCGUUCCUGUUUUUUAAGGCUAAAAAGCUGUCAGAAUCUACAGUCUAUAUGAUAGCCCUCAUCUUCCUGGAUACUUUGCUGCUGUUCACUCUUCCAUUUAAAAUCAUUUCCUAUCACCAUCCAAACACGUGGGAAUUGGGGUCUGUGUUUUGCUCCAUCUUGGAGAGUCUUUACUUUGUAAACAUGUAUGGCAGCAUCCUCAUCUCCCUCUGCAUCUGCAUAGAUCGCUACAUUGCUAUUGGGCACCCUUUCACGGCUCCCACCCUGCGAUCCACCAAGAAAGCUGCUGUGGUCUGUGCUGUCAUCUGCCUGGGGGUCUCAGCUGGAACUGUCUCUACUUUCCAAUUGCAUGAAGAGGGCCACAACAUCUCAUCCUGCUUCCAUAACUUCUCCAAAAGCACAUGGGAAAACACAGCCCUGUUCAGCGCCCUGGAGACCACCUUCCUUGGCAGCAUGACAGCCAUGGCCUUCUGCACCAUUCAGAUCGUCAGAUGUCUGAGAAAGCGCAGGAAACCAGACAACCCCCAAACGUAUGCCACCAGAGCAGAGAAGAUAGUAGUGGCAAACUUCAUCACGUUUUUGGUCUGUUUCACACCUUACCAUGUGACAUUCUUCCUGUACUUUUUGGUGAAGAAUGGCAUCAUGCACAUGGCUUCUCAGCCAAAGCUACGAGACAUCCUUCAAAUCACCCUUUGCUGGGCAAACCUGAACUGCUGUCUGGAUGGGGUCUGUUAUUAUUUUGUUUUAAAGGAGUCCUUGGAAAGCCCGUUACAAAAGAGUGAAAGAACAGCCAGAAAAAAGCUUGAUCCACAUGCUACAUUUGGAGAUGCUUUCACGAAAACAACAGGAUCCUGA